UUAAUAGGAGCGAGUUAUUCUAAAAAUUUAAAUUAGCAAAAAAAAUCUUGAAAACUUUGCUAAUUAGUGUUGUUAACUUUACAUGUAAAUCGAAAAACAAAACAAUUUGUAUACAUUUUCGCCAGUUUUCUGAAAUAAACAUAUUUGACUAUGUUUAGUUCGCAUAAUUAUUUAAAAAGAAAAACUCCAGAACAGGGAAUAAAUCGUCAAGAAUAUAUAGAACAUUUAGUGGAAGAAUAUUACACCACUACUAAUGUGGGCAAGUUGAAAACACAUCAAAAUAAUGAAGCUCAAGAACAAGUAUCAGCCAAUUUAGCUAAUUUUGCCUAUGACCCCAUUAAUUGGGAUUACCUUAAAACUGCGGAAGUUUUAAAAUUAUUUUUUGAACUACUAGAGUUGCCUAAUGAAAAAUUGCAAUUACACGGUUCGGCAGGAUUGUGUAAUAUUUGUUUGGAUAAACAAGCCCUCAAAUAUAUAAUUAAGGCCGAUAAUUUCUACAAACUUAAGAAUCUAUUAUUGAAAACUACAAAUUUGAAUAUUGUGCUAAACAGUUUGACGUUGUUGUAUCAAUUAUUAAGCAACUUGCCACCAACUAAAAAUUGUAUUUUAUGUGCCACUAUUUUAAAAAAAAUCCAACAUUUCAAGACUGUUUACGAAAAAGAUCAACGUAUUGUUAAUAUUUGCAACCUAAUAAUAGCAGAGUUUGGACAACGCCAUGAAUUUAUUGAAGUUAACACACAGUUGCCUACAAAUGACCAGAGGGUUGAGUAAACAACAUCAAACAAUAUUCAAAGUUCCAGAAUUGAAAGUUAUUAAACGUUUCACACAAAAAGAUUUGGACGAUUUUUCACAAUUAACAGGAGACUUUAAUUAUAUACACUCGCAACUGGUGCCCAGGGAGAAACG